GAGCGCUCCGCGGACCCACCCCUUCGCUUCCGGCAUCGGUUGUUGGGAGUACCGGCAGCAGUCGACUGUGCCGGGUGGGUAGGAUGGCGCCAGGCCGAUGCUGUCAUAGCACCGAAGGCAGACGGCCACCAAGCGCUCCCUCCUCCCCCAGAAGUUUCUCCCCAGCGGCCGGGGAUGGGGGUAGGCGGUUCCUCUGUUCUCUCUGCUUUCGCCCUGGCCCCGCACCACAGAGACGUGGGCCUCCACCGUCCUAGCCCUCCCGCCCUGUUCUCGAAUGCGGGCUAGAGCGUCUCCUCGCCGUUUCCUGUCGUCCUGGGGCCCCAGGGGGAAAAAGGGGGAGUAGCACGACAGCGGAGGAAAGUCGCGAACUUAGGUGGUGUGUCGACGCCGGAAGUGUUUGGAAGGAGGCCGGAAGCUAGGGGCGGGGCCAGGAAGUGAGGAGGGGCGGGGGUUUAUGAGGAGUCCAAGGGAGCAUUGGGACAGAUUUGCACCCAGAGCCACCUGAGGGACUUGAAGGUGGCGCCCAGUUCGGUCCCCAUCCCUCCCCUCCCCUCCCCUCGCUGAGACACGGUUGUCGUUCGGGAGUAGGGAACUCUGUGCGGCGGUGUGGGUUGUCUGGAGGACAUCUCUCUGGCUGCUCUUGGAGCAAGGUGUGGAGGGGCAGGGCUGGGGGUGGGGCCGGGUCGCCCUGGCGUCGGUGGAGGAAGACCCCCGCCCCCUGCCCCCCACCGCACCUCUACACUGGCUGGCUGGACACUAAGAUGGCUGCCGUUGCCAUGACACCCAACCCUGUGCAGACCCUUCAGGAGGAGGCGGUGUGCGCCAUCUGCCUCGAUUACUUCACGGACCCCGUGUCCAUCGGCUGCGGGCACAACUUCUGCCGAGUGUGUGUAACCCAGUUGUGGGGUGGGGAGGAUGAGGAGGACAGGGAUGAGUUAGAUCGGGAGGAGGAGGAGGAAGACGGAGAGGAAGAGGAAGUGGAGGCUGUGGGGGCUGGUGCAGGGUGGGAUACCCCCAUGCGGGAUGAAGACUACGAGGGUGACAUGGAGGAGGAGGUCGAGGAGGAAGAAGAGGGUGUGUUUUGGACCAGUGGCAUGGGCAGGUCCAGCUGGGACAAUAUGGACUACGUGUGGGAGGAGGAGGAUGAGGAGGAAGACCUGGACUACUACUUGGGGGACAUGGAGGAAGACCUGAGGGGGGAGGAUGAGGAGGACGAGGAGGAAGUGCUGGAGGAGGAUGAAGAAGAGGAGCUAGACCCCGUCACCCCACUACCCCCACCUCCCGCCCCUCGGAGGUGCUUCACAUGCCCCCAAUGCCGAAAGAGCUUUCCUCGGCGGAGCUUCCGCCCCAACCUGCAACUGGCCAAUAUGGUCCAGGUGAUUCGGCAGAUGCACCCAAACCCUGGUCGAGGGAGUCGUGUAACCGAUCAAGGCAUCUGUCCCAAACACCAAGAAGCUCUGAAGCUCUUCUGCGAGGUAGACGAAGAGGCCAUCUGUGUGGUGUGCCGAGAAUCCAGGAGCCACAAACAACACAGCGUGGUGCCAUUGGAGGAGGUGGUGCAGGAGUAUAAGGCCAAACUGCAGGGGCACCUGGAACCACUGAGGAAGCACCUGGAGGCUGUGCAGAAGAUGAAGGCCAGGGAGGAGAGGCGAGUGACAGAGCUGAAAAGCCAGAUGAAGUCAGAGCUAGCAGCAGUGGCCUCAGAGUUUGGGCGGCUGACACGGUUUCUGGCUGAAGAGCAGGCAGGGCUGGAACGGCGUCUCCGAGAGAUGCAUGAAGCCCAGCUGGGACGUGCGGGAGCCGCAGCCAGUCGCCUUGCAGAGCAGGCCGCCCAGCUCAGCCGCCUGCUGGCCGAGGCCCAGGAGCGGAGCCAGCAGGGGGGUCUCCGGCUGCUCCAGGACAUCAAGGAGACUUUCAAUAGGUGUGAAGAGGUACAGCUGCAGCCCCCAGAGGUCUGGUCCCCUGACCCGUGCCAACCCCAUAGCCAUGACUUCUUGACAGACGCCAUCGUGAGGAAAAUGAGCCGGAUGUUCUGUCAGGCUGCGAGAGUGGACCUGACGCUGGACCCUGACACGGCUCACCCGGCCCUGAUGCUGUCCCCUGAUCGCCGGGGGGUCCGCCUGGCAGAGCGGCGGCAGGAGGUUGCUGACCAUCCCAAGCGCUUCUCGGCCGACUGCUGUGUACUAGGGGCUCAGGGUUUCCGCUCUGGCCGGCACUACUGGGAGGUAGAGGUGGGCGGGCGGCGGGGCUGGGCGGUGGGUGCUGCCCGUGAAUCAACCCAUCAUAAGGAAAAGGUUGGCCCUGGGGGGUCCUCCAUGGGCAGCGGGGAUGCCAGUUCCUCGCGCCAUCACCAUCGCCGUCGCCGGCUCCACCUACCCCAGCAGCCCCUGCUCCAGCGGGAAGUGUGGUGUGUGGGCACCAAUGGCAAACGCUACCAGGCCCAGAGCUCAACAGAACAGACACUGCUGAGCCCGAGUGAGAAACCACGGCGCUUUGGUGUGUACUUGGACUAUGAAGCUGGGCGCCUGGGCUUCUACAACGCAGAGACUCUAGCCCACGUGCACACCUUUUCGGCUGCAUUCCUGGGUGAGCGUGUCUUUCCUUUCUUCCGGGUGCUCUCCAAGGGCACCCGCAUCAAGCUCUGCCCUUGAUCAUCCUGCCACCCGCAGGGGCCCCUCUGGUCAGCACUUGGGGGGCGGGUGGUGGAGGAGGGUGGCCCAUAAGUUGGAGGGCUCAAAGGCUCUUCCCACUGUUUAGUGUUGCUUCCCACUCCCCCUUGACCCCAGGCCCCUGCUUCUACCUCUAGGAGCCUAAAGAACCCUCCUGGCCUCCAGCUAAGCCUUCUCUCACCUACUAUGUCUGUCCACCAGGUCUGCAUGGGUCCCUGGUAAUGAGAACAGCUGCCUGGUCUUCUCUCCCUGUCUGCCUAGCCCAGCCCUGGGACCUGAAUUUGAGUAGGGGUUGAGGGGAAAUUGCAAUUUCAUUCCUUAACUUCCUUUUCCUCAUCCAUGCCCUUCAACCUUUACAUCAGUUCUGAGGCUGGAGGAUUUGGGUGAGACAGCGUCCCCAUUCCAGUUCCAUUUUCUGAUGCAAAUUUUAGCUGAGGGAUUUGGAAGCCAUUUGGGGAGGGAGGCAAACUUUCCUUCCGUCCUCAAUUUCUACCUCCAUAGACCAGCCAGAAUUUAGCUUCACUUGAGAGAUCUGGAAUGGUCGCCAUGAUUCAAACACGUACCAUUACAUCGCCCAAUAAAUUAUUUCUUCCCGUUUCCCUUCUCCAGCACUCAAUUGAGAAACAAAGCUUAUGCCACCUCACCCCCCAUCCAGGUCUAUUCAGUGCCAGGCUCCUUUCCCCUUUGUUCAACAGACCUGGCUUCCAAUUCCUUUCCAUAUCUUUAAUUCCCUCCAUUUGGCAAGCCCUGAGGAGAAGCCUGAAGACAGGGGUCUGGGUCCCCAAGAGGAGAGUCUUGGGUAUAAUCUAUUUUUCUAGUAACGCCUUGCCUUGUCACUUAUCAGCUUUUGCCCUCUGCUUUGAUGGCUGAGGUGAACUCAUGUUCUUUGGGAAAAGGGAAGGGGUGCUAUGGAAAUAAAAUAUUUGCUUCUCUUG